AAUAGGAAGGCUGCGGCCCGUGAGCUCCCCACUGUCACCAAUGAGUAAUAGUUUCCCUCAUCUCCAGCAACCACAGCCACACAUACAGAGGGGAGGGGAGGGGGUGGAAGGCAGGCGUACAUAGUCCUCCCCACACACUGUGCUGCAUACAGACCGUCUCCGCCCCUGGCUGCCGCUUCCCGUCAGUUCGCUAACGCAGGCGCAGUGCGGAGUCUGUGUGAUGGCGGCCACGGUACUGGCCGAGGGCUCGGCCGUGCCCGGAUUUUCUGCCAUGGUUUUUAAUGGACACAGCGCGACUAGCGCUCCUGGAACUAGUGCGGGGCCUGCCGCAUGGAACCGCUCCUUAGAGAGAGCUCUGGAGGAGGCUGCGGUGACCGGAUUCCUCAAUCUAAGCGGCAGGAAAUUGAGAGAGUUUCCGCGGAGCGCAGUCCGCCAGGACCUCAGUGACACCACUCAGGCCGAUGUGUCUCGGAACAGGCUUUCGGAGAUUCCUGCUGAGAUCUGUCAUUAUGUUUCCUUGGAAAGCCUAAAUCUUUACCAGAAUUGUAUCCGCUAUGUGCCAGAAGCUACUCUUAACCUGCAAGCCCUGACCUUCCUUAAUCUCAGUCGAAACCAACUGACUUCACUCCCAGGGUACAUCUGCAGUCUACCUCUGAAAGUCCUAAUAGCUAGUAACAACAAGUUGGACUCCUUGCCAGAGGAGAUUGGUCUUCUCAGACACCUGACCGAAUUGGAUGUGAGUUGCAAUGAGGUCCAGACAAUUCCUACACAAAUUGGCAAAUUAGAAUCAUUAAGGGAUCUCAAUAUUAGGAGAAACCUCUUACUGCAGCUGCCUGAAGAAAUUGCAGAUUUGCCUCUAGUUCGGUUGGAUUUUUCUUGCAACAAAGUCACAAGUAUUCCAGUGUGUUACCGAAAUCUGCGUCACCUCCAGACCAUUAUCUUGGAUAACAAUCCUCUGCAAUCCCCUCCAGCUCAGAUUUGCAUCAAAGGUAAAAUUCAUAUAUUUAAAUACCUGAACAUAGAAGCUUGCAAGAAUGUGCCAGACCUACCAGAGUAUGACAGAAGACCAGGGUUCGGUUCAUGUCAUGAUGAUGUAUAUCCUGGUCGCACCUAUGGUGCCUUGGACUCUGGCUUUAACAGCGUAGACAGUGGAGACAAACGGUGGUCUGGGAAUGAGCCUACAGAUGAAUUUACAGACCUUCCUAUAAGGACAACUGAUGCAAGUAAAGAGCAGCGGUUACGGCGAGAUCAUGUCCUGGAAUCACGGGGCAACUCUGUCAUUGCCAAUGGUGGAGUGGAACAUGAUCUGGAUCAGAUUGACUACAUUGAUAGCUAUGCAACAGAAGAGGAAGAAGAGGAUGUAAGGCAGUCCAAAGGCGACAGUCUAAGUUCACAGUUUAUGGCAUACAUAGAAGAGCGACGGACAACACAGGAGGGCUCACCUUUGAAACAAAACCCAACAAGGGAAUCUCAAAGAGCAGAGGAUAUAAGGAGACAUUUAUACCAAAGCAGAAUCUCAGAAGAACUAAGAAGACCAGAAUCUCUGAGCUUAACAAAUAAACAAAGGCAACCAUCCCCUCGUAGACAAAAUGAGAGGUCUCAUUUGGAUGCUAUGUAUCUUAUUGCACUAACCAAAAGUCCUAACCAGACUGAUACAGACUUACAGCCUAGGCCAGAUGUGCUAGAAUCCGCCAGGAGGCAGGCACAACUGGCAGCCCAGCAGUAUGAGGAAGAGAGAUUAAGGGACAGGAUAACACCCUCAGAGUCUUUAAACCAUAGAGCACUGAGUCCAGAGAAGCAGAGUCCAUUGGAUAAUGAGUGUUCCCUACCAUCCAGACGCUCCCAGCACACAGAUGAUAGUGCCCUUUUAGUGAGUGAUGAGAGGUCAUCAGUCACUCCUGUAUCGCCCACCUCUCAAACGAUCCAUUUGUCUUCGCCAGCGUCUGCCUCGUCAUAUCACAGCUCCCCUCAGAGACCUGAAAGCUUCUUAUUCAGAGCUGCAGUUCGAGAGGAUGUUAAAAGAAGUAACACACCACCUCCAGCUACUCCUUCAAGUGACGGUUUAAACUCUGCAUCCAGUCAAAGCUCUAGAAUUCGGCAAGAGGAGCAGGACAUAACAGAUCAGCUCAGGAAGAACAUAGAGUCACGGUUAAAGUUGUCACUUCCUAGUGACUUGGGAGCAGCUCUGACAGAUGGUGUGGUUUUGUGUCAUCUAGCCAAUCAUGUUCGGCCAAGAUCUGUGCCUAGUAUCCACGUUCCCUCACCGGCUGUUCCUAAGCUUACGAUGGCAAAAUGCAGGAGAAACGUGGAAAACUUCUUGGAAGCCUGCAAGAAAAUUGGUGUGCCCCAGGACAAAGUUUGUCUCCCUUCAGACAUUCUUCAUCUAAACCUCUGCAACAUUAAGGGGACUCUGGAAAGUCUCCUCUCCUUUGGAGAAGGCUCACAAGCACCUGCUCUUUCCUCCCACCUCCUGGGCUUUGGGGUUUUUUACUGCACCCUUAUGCUUCUCCUUUACCUGCUCUAUCGCUGGGUUCUUACCUUCUGGACACAGGCAUGAAGAAACAGGGGAACCAUCUUACUUACCUCUGUUGGGGUGGGUGUGAUCAUGAUCCUGCCAUUGAGUUCUUCCACAAAUCACAAUUCUGUAAAGCACAAACCAGUGUUACACUUCAGCUAUUCAAUAAUAAUAACUGCCACCCAAGCCAACAGUGCAAAUUUGUAUGACCGCUACAACUGUGAUCUACUGGGGGAUGUUCAGCCUAGAAAAAGCAUUAACUCUGUUUAGUUGAAGCUAUUUUUCUUAUGGUCCAUUCUGUAGAAAGCUGCCUCUCCCAGCAGUAGAAUACUGAAUGAGUAGUAGCAAAAAGCCCACACCACUAACCUCAUGGAUAAGCAACUUCACUACUGUAGCAUUGCUGCAACUCUUUUGUGCCUCUGCAAAUUG